AUGGUUUUAUUUUCCCCUCCGUCACCUCUCGAGCUCUCCAAUGGUUGUCUGGUGUGUGCCCCGCAUGGGCUCGUUGUCUGCCCGGACUGCACCGUGGAUUUCAGCUUCAUGGAGGAUUUCGUGGAUGAAUGCGAGGAUGAGGAUGAAGAUGACAUCUCCCCGGGCAAGGACUUUGACGAGGACUCUACGAUCGAGGAGCUGCCACCCCGUGCCCGCAUCUCCAGCCCUCCCCGAGUCGGCACCGGGCGCGUCCUUCCCACCCGAUUCCGCCCUCCCAGCACUCACGCGACUCCGCAGUCGCUCUUCCCCCCCACCAUCGGCCGUCGCUCCUCACCAGCAGUCUGUCGGUUCAUCAAUGCCACCAACCCGAGACAAUUCCUCAUAUACACGGACGGCGCAUGCUUAGACAACGGCGGAGCGAACCCCCGAGCUGGCUGGAGCUUUGUUUUCAAGCCUUCGACGGAAGACCGCCCGGGAUACGUGCGCCAGCCCCUGGAAACCAAAGGGCCCAGUGGCGAGGCGUACGGACAAACAAGCAACCGGGCAGAACUGCGCGCCGUUAUCGCCGCUCUGGGAUUUCGGGCUUGGCCCGGUGAGGGGUGCAAUAAUCUUGUGAUUGCGACGGAUUCCGAAUAUGUCGUGGAGGGCGUGAUCUCCUGGGUCCGUGGGUGGAUACGGAGAGGCUGGAUGACAAGAAUGGGGACGGCGGUCAAAAAUCGGGACCUCUGGGAGUGUCUGCUCGGCGAAAUCGAACGAUGGCACGAGCAGGGCUUGGAUGUUGCAUUCUGGCGUGUCCCAAGAGAGUGGAAUACGGAUGCCGACCAUCAUGCCAGGCACGCUGCUUCCCAGGAGAGAAUAGAAGACUUCCAGGAGGUCUGCGGGUUGUUUGUCUGA